AUGUUUCAACAGAUCUGGUGGCUGGAUCCCGAACUGACGUACGGCAACGCCAAGCCUUUUGUCUUCACCCAGGGUCACUCAGUGUGUAACCGCCCUUUCUUACCCUGCUUUGACACACCAGCAGUGAAAUGCACCUACUCAGCCACUGUCAAGGCUCCAGCGGGCAUACAGGUGUUGAUGAGUGCCACCCAAAGUACCUACUUGGAAGAGGAAGGUGUAUAUCAGUUUUACAUGGAAUAUCCAGUUCCUGCCUACCUAGUGGCCCUGGUGGCAGGAGACCUUACACAUGCAGACAUAGGUCCAAGGAGCAGAGUGUGGGCAGAGCCUUGCCUGCUGCCAACAGCCAUCAGCAAGCUUUCUGGCAUUGUUGAGCGCUGGUUGACUGCUGCAGAGAGUCUGUAUGGCCCAUACAUAUGGGGAAGAUACGACAUUGUUUUUCUUCCUCCAUCCUUCCCUAUUGUUGCCAUGGAAAACCCCUGCCUGACCUUCAUCAUCUCUUCCAUUCUGGAGAGCGAUGAGUUUUUGAUCAUUGACGUCAUUCACGAAGUUGCCCACAGCUGGUUUGGAAACGCAGUCACCAACGCUACAUGGGAGGAGAUGUGGCUGAGCGAGGGGCUGGCCACCUACGCCCAACGCCGGAUCACCACCGAGACCUACGGAGCUGCCUUCACAUGUUUGGAGACUGCAUUUCGCCUCGACGCUCUCCACAGACAGAUGAAGCUCCUUGGAGAAGACAACCCGGUCAGCAAGCUUCAGGUUAAACUGGAGCCAGGUGUAAAUCCUAGUAAUUUAAUGAACCUCUUCACCUAUGAGAAAGGCUAUUGUUUUGUUUACUACCUGUCCCAGCUCUGUGGUGACCCAAGACACUUUGACUCCUUCCUAAGAGCCUACAUUGAGAAGUACAAAUUUACCAGCGUUGUGGCUCAAGAUCUUCUGGAUUCCUUCCUGAAUUUUUUUCCAGAGCUGAAAGAGCAAUGUGUUGAAAGCAAAGCAGGACUGGAGUUUGAACGUUGGCUCAAUGCUACAGGACCUCCAUUAGCUGAGCCAGACUUAUCUCAGGGAUCCAGUCUGACCAGACCAGUGGAAAAGUCCACAGAGCCGCUGGACUUUGCUGCUGCUGCCAGCAGUGCUGACCUCACCAAAUGGAGAACGUUCCAAACCGUGCUUUUCUUGGACAGAUUGCUGGAUGGGUCACCACUGCCACACGAGGUGAUCAAAAAGCUUUCGGAAUGUUACUCCUCUCAGCUGGACUCCAUGAACGCAGAAAUCCGUAUCCGCUGGUUGCAGAUUGUAGUCCGAAAUGACUAUUAUCCAGACCUUUACAAAGUCCGUCGCUUCUUGGAAAACCAGAUGUCUCGGAUGUACACAAUUCCACUUUAUGAGGACCUUUGCACUGGCACCCUCAAGUCUUUUGCCUUAGAAAUUUUUUACCAGACCCAAAACCAGCUGCAUCCCAAUUUGCGGAAAACCAUCCAACAGAUCUUAUCGCAGGGCUUGAAUCCCCUUCCUGCCAUAGACACUACAGCGGUUGCUACAGACACACCGGCCAUGGUGCUUGAGGACAAAGUCUCAGAACCCACAAAUGGUGCCAUUUCACUCAGGGAUGUUAAUGUGUCUGCUUAG